GGGCCGCAGAGCAACGCUGACAGAAGACAGUUUCUGCUGGAGCGGUUAUUGGAUGCAGUGAAACAGUGCCAGAUCAGAUUCGGAGGAAGGAGAGAGAUCGCCUCUGAUUCAGAUAGCAGAGUUACAUGCCUGUGUGCUCAGUUCGAAUCUGUGCUUCAGCAUGGUUUGAAGAGGACCCGGGGACUAGCCUUAACUGCAGCGGCAAUCAAACAGGCAGCAGGCUUCUCCAGUAAAACGGAAAUGGAUCCUGUAUUUUGGUACUACGUGAAAGAAGUUCUUAACAGGCAUGAACUCCAGCGUUUCUACUCUCUGAAGAACAUUACGACAGACACGGGCCGAGGCCGUGCCUGGCUCCGUUGCGCGCUGAACGAGCAUUCUUUGGAAAGAUACUUCCAUAUGCUGCUGGCAGAUAAGGAUCGGCUUAGUGUCUUCUAUGAAGACUGGUCUUUCAUGAUGGAUGAAGAACGCUCCAGUAUGAUACCAACCAUGGCAGCUGGUCUGAACCCGAUUCUUUUUGCAAUCAACAUCGAUAACAAGGAUUUAAAUGGACAAAGCAAAGGUGCUUCCACAGUGUCCCACCUUCUCAAGGAAUCCACUCAGAAUGUUACCUCGCUGUUGAAAGGAUCCACCCAAGGGGUCAGCAGCCUUCUGCGGGAGAUCACGGCAUCUUCUCCCGUUUCGAUUCUCAUCAAGUCAGAUCAAGACACUGACCCGUCGCCUGUUUUUCCAAAGAGCGCUAGUGGUGAUCUGAAUUACGGAAAUGGCGGGAGGAGGAGAAGGAAAGUCAACAUUAUUUCCUUUGACGACAAGGAAGACGAACCAGAUUUGGGCAACGUCUUUCGGGUGACUGUUGCCGACGGAAGCUCGGAAGGGAACUCUGACUGGUCUUCAGGGCACGGCUUGUCUUCCUCUGGCCCCCUGGCUAAACUGAAUGGGAACCCGUUGAUGACUUCGUUCAAAAACGAUCCCGUUCAUCUGAAUGGAGACAUUGGUUUCCGGAAGCUGGAUGUUAAAAGUAUAGACGAUGAUGAUAUUGAAGAUAACGAAGAGACCUAUGGCAAAAUCAUGGGAAUCCACAGCUUAGUAGAAGAGUCAGACUCCUGCGGAAAACCCUCUCAGGGUGUGACGGGCAGCUUGCCGGUCAGCACUUGGGCUCCUCUGCAGACCCUGAACGACGAUUCUGACGUGUUGUUUCCUGUCAGCGCCGUUGGCUCCUGCUCCCCAACCGAUAUCCUGGAGAACGGCGAUGGGCACGAAAGUGCCAAUUUCGUGGUUGAAUUGGAUCAAAGGAACGCUGAACUGCACUACAGGGGAGAGGCUAGCCCUCGUGCCCAAGAGAACCCUUCAAACCAUCUGUUGCCAUCGGCCAGCGUGCCAGAAUCCAUGACAGUGGCUGAGCUUCGGCAAGCCAUUGUGGCCAUGAUGACCAGGAAGCACGAAUUGGAAGAGCAGAGCAGAUCUCUGCGGAACCUCCUCGACGGAGAGAUGGAACACUCUGCGGGGCUACGCCAGGAAAUCGACAGUCUGAAGAGGAAGGUUUCGGAACAGGAAGAGCGCUAUGCAGCGAAGAUCCAGGCCUUGGCGAGAGAAAACGAGGUCCUGAAAGUACAGCUAAAGAAAUACGUCGGAGCUGUCCAGAUGCUGAAAAGGGAAGGUCAGACCGUGGAAGUACUGCCAAGCCUUUGGAACGUGGAGAGUGAAUUUAGCAUUCCUGAACAAAAACAAGUAGAAAAUAACGAGGAACUAGCCAGCUCCUAUGAGAGAAAGCUGAUUGAGGUGGCCGAAAUGCACGGAGAGCUGAUCGAGUUCAAUGACAGGCUGCAUCGGGCGUUGCUGGCGAAGGAGGCGCUUGUGUCCCAGAUGAGGCAGGAACUCAUCGACCUGAGAGGACCGGUUCCCGGAGAUCUCAGCCAAACAUCUGAAGACCAAAGUCUGUCAGAUUUUGAAAUAUCAAACAGAGCUCUCAUAAAUGUCUGGAUUCCUUCCGUCUUUCUCCGCGGAAAAGCAGCGAAUGCAUUUCAUGUUUACCAGGUAUAUAUCAGGAUUAAAGAUGACGAGUGGAACGUUUAUCGAAGAUACACAGAAUUCAGAUGCCUGCAUCAGAAAUUGCAAUCAAAAUACCAUCAAGUGAGAAGUUUCAACUUUCCACCAAAAAAGGCCAUUGGGAACAAGGAUGCAAAGUUUGUGGAAGAACGACGGAAGCACCUUCAGAAUUACUUAAGAAACGUGAUGAACAAAGUCAUCCAGAUUGUGCCAGAAUUCACUGCCAACCCUAAAAAAGAGGCUCUUAUACAACUGAUGCCCUUUUUUAUUGAUUUCCAACCCGCUGGAGAAUCGGCAAGCAAAAGCAAUCACCAGCGAGCCACGCCCCGGUUCCCACGACUGUCCCGGAGCCAUCAAAGAGAGCCACGGAACCUGGAGCCUCAAAGCGGUGACCUCUGA